AUGCUUUCAAAACCUACUGUUGAUUGCAUGAUUUGGCCUGAAGAGAAUUACCCAGAGAGAGAGUCCAAUCGAGCUAGAAAGAGAAGACUCUUCCCAAAGAUUAUCCCCAAGACUGAUAACUCAGGAAAGUUUGCUGUGCCUUGUAUCAUCAAAGGUAACAUUCUUGAGCAAUCUUUGUGUGACACAGGAGCCAAUGUGAACAUCAUGUCUAAGAGGAUAGCUGACAAGAUAGGCCUCACCAAGAUAGAGCCAUCAUCCAUCUCCAUCAACUAUGCUGAUUCAUUCUCACAAACCCCUAUGGCUUUGUGCCUAAUGUGA